AUGGCAGAAUCUCAUGAACGAUCACAAGUACGAAUAGGCGAUCCCGAUGUUGAUUUGGAACUCUCAAAUACCAGAAUAAGAUUAAGAUUCGGAUGCAGAACAAGUAUCGUAGCUAUACUGGGUGAAACAGGCGUUACACUAGGAGCCAUUUUUGGCAAAGAAAAAAUCAAAUCUAUUGUUGAAAGCAUAUGCAUUUCUGUUUUUGGUAUUUGCCGAGUUACAGAAGGAUUCACACUUGUCGAUGUUGACUGUUUUACAGUAGCGCGUGUGAAAGAACUACUAGAUAGUUAUAAGUGUGGAAAUAUCAAAAGAAGAUUUCUGGAAGAACUACGAAAGAUUGGCGGUAUUUUGGAAGAUUUAAAGAUAACAUUCGAGGUCAAGGAAACUUUGGAACUAAAUAGAGAUGGCAAGCUAAG